UAAUGAUAAUAAUAAAGACGAAACCUUUCAAUCAUGUGAUGAGAUCGUUAUUCUAUUACUAUAUAGCCAUAGCCCCACCCAACACCAAUUUUACUCUUCUUAUUCUUAUACCUGUUCUUCUUCUUUGUAAAUUGCAUUGAUGGCUGUUUACUCUAAUUGCUUAACUCAAAUCCCACUUCGCAAUUAUGGAUCAUCUCUCAAAUAUCCAAAGAAAGAAUUGAAGGCCAGGAGCAGCUUUGUUCCUCUGAAAAAGGCACCAGCAGUGAGGAUCACAAAAGUCACAGCAUCCAUUAAAAACAAGGUUUACGAGGAUAGAUCAGAGGGCAUAGUUUGCUACGAAGAUGAGCGGGGAGAAAUAAUAUGUGAAGGGUAUGAUGAAGGACCAUGCUUUCAAAGAAUUCCAAAGGCAAGCUAUCACCUUCCAAAUCCAAGAGAUGCUGAAAUCAGGAAUCUUGUUAUCCAACAAGGAUGGCUUCAGAUUGCUAAAGAGGAAGAAAAAGUGAACAAUGAUACAGUUGAGAGUCUCAAAAGAGACUUGAACUGCAAUGGCUUUAACUCCUUUCGCUAGUCACCUCAAUCUUACCAUCUUGUAUGUAUUCGAUCGAUGGCAAUUCUUUUCUCAAUUUAAUUGCCUCUCCUUUUCAGUCAUUGAUGUAAACUACUAUCUCUACCCUACUAGUAUUGUAAAUUAUAUCUCAUGGAACAGCAGAGCAUGACUUGCAAUAAAUUUGUUUGUCUUUGCGUCUUAAAA